GAAAAAGGGAAAGUCAAUAUGAAGAAGAACUUGAAAUGGAUGAAGGAGAAACUCUCAAUGAAGAAACUUUCAAUGAAGAAACUCACAUUGAAGAAACUUUCAAUGAAGAAACUCACAAUGAAGAAACUCACAAUGAAUCCAAUCAACAAAACGAUGAUAAUGAUGAUGAUAAUAAACAUAAGGGUGUCAUUGUCUAUAGUGCAGAAGAAAACAAUAUUCCAUCUCAUUUUCGUGCUCUGCGAGAAGGUGAGACUCUUACUGACGAACAAAUUGCUACAAUAUUAGAGCAUCAAGAUGAAUACGGUUAUUUAACACGCUAUGCGGAAUUAAUGAAAAAUGAUGAAUUGUUGCCAGCAUAUGGAGAUAGUGAUCCAGAAUUAUAUGAUUAUUCUAGUGAAUUUGAGGCAGAAGUUUACGAAUCAGAAGAAGAAGCUGAAAUAAAGAGAAAUCAAUCUUAUAAUGAUAAUGAUAGCAAUCAAAAUAGUCAAAAUAGUCCAAUUGAUCAAAUUGAUCAAAACAAUAACAACAGUGGAAAUAAUGACAAUAUCAGAAAAAUUAGAUAUCGUAUCAUGCCAAAAUAUUCUAAAAGAGAAUAUUACUAUUGGAAAAAAUAUCACUCUGAAAGUUCAAUUGAAUUACUUGUAGCGGAUAUAAGAAAAUUAAGAGAUACUAGAUUGACAAACAUCUGUGAAAAUUUACUAAAUAAUAUAAAUUUAAAAGCAAUUAAUUCUGAUAAUCACAAGAAAAUAUUUCGUCAAUUUGGUGCAACUGAUCAAACACUCAAAGAAAUAUUUAAAUUAAGAUGGUUAAUUAAGCUUGCAAAAUCACCAAGAAAUGUUAAAGAUGAAAAACUUACGGAUGAUGAAAAUUCUGAUGCUACAAUUACAGAUGAAGAACUUACUGAUGACAAUUUUAUAGAUGAUUCUGACGCACCAAAUAUUGAAGAACUACAAAAACUUUCAAUGGAAUUGGCCAAUAAUGGCAUUAUUCCGGGACCUGGAAAAAUCGUAAAAAUUCCAUUAAAACUUAAUCCACCAGUAAAAAACCCUACCAAGUCUAAAAUUGUUAAGAAACAUAAAGUGAAGAAGGGCAAAUCCAAGAAAAAGGGAUCUAUAAAACCACUCGAAGAAAUUGUUGAAGUUGAAGGAAUGGAAAUCGAUGAACAAAUUAUGGAUAAUGAAAAUGAUAGCGAUGAACAAAUGUUGGGCAUUGAAGAACCAAUACCUCGUAAUGGAGAUUUCUUAACACAAGAGGAGGUUGCUGAAUUGGAAAAAGAUAUUGUAUCGCACGUUUGUGAAGAUGAUCCAAUCGUCUCUGAAUCAGAGCCAGACACAGAAGGGAUAGAUGAAAGAUUUGAGAAAUUAAAAUCUUUUGUUGCAAUUAAUAAUGAUAAUGGUAAUUGA